AUGGACUUCUCAAAUACUUCAAACCUUAACAGCACUGUGAAAACACAGACUCUUUUCUGCUACGAGUCUUUGAGUGGAUCGUGUGUGAGGUUUGCUCGACCCCUGAGCACUCAGGUUCCUAUGUUCACAUCGAUGGGGUUGGCCAUACUGGUGACUGUUAUUGGGAACCUUCUGGUCAUCACCUCCAUUGCACACUUCAAGCAGCUCCAAACCUCCGUAAACCAACUCCUCCUCUCCCUGGCUGUGUGUUACCUCCUUCUGGGACUGUUUGUAAUGCCGUGCAGUGCUGUGCGCUCUGUCCAGGGCUGUUGGUACCUAGGAGGGUUUCUGUGUAAGCUCCACACCAGCACUGAUAUUAUGCUGAGCACAUCCUCCAUCUUCCAUCUAUCCUUCAUCUCCAUUGACCGUUACUUUGCUGUCUGCAGGCCACUGUCGUACAGACUGAUCAUCAGCAAUAACACUGUAUUGAUCAUGAUCGCCACCAGUUGGCUGGUCCCUGCCAUUUUUGCUUAUGGAAUGAUCUUCUCUGAGAUGAAUCUAAAAGGCAGGGAGGAUUUCUAUGAAACACAUGUCAAGUGCAUUGGAGGCUGUUAUGUGUUCUUUAGUCCAGUGGCGGCUGUAGUAGCAUCGUCCUUCAGUUUUUACAUCCCAGGCCUGAUCUUGAUUUGUAUAUACUCCAAGAUAUAUUGGGUUGCCAGGACUCAGGCCAGGUCCAUUAAAGAUUUAUCUCGUCAGUUUAAAGAGGCAGACUCUGGACGUAGAGAGAGACGAGGGGCAAAUAUUCUGGCAAUAGUAGUGGGAGUGUUUCUAACCUGCUGGAGUCCCUUUUCCUUGUGCCUCAUCAUUGACCCUUUCAUACAGUACUCCAUCCCACCGCUGUUGGGAGAUACCCUGGUUUGGUUUGGAUAUUUGAACUCUGCUUUUAACCCUGUUGUCUAUGCUUUCUUUUACACUUGGUUCAGGAGGGCUUUGAGAAUCAUCAUCAGUGGUCACAUCUUUCACAGGGGUUCAUGUAGAUUUAGAUUGUAUUCUGAGUAAAGUUUCAGUUGAUGUUACUGUAUGACGUGUUCAAAUAAAUAUAUGAAUUAUGAUGGGAUGUAACAUGUGACAGUUAUGCUACUCAAAGUUAUAAAGCUUGAGUGAAAAUGUAACAGAAGCUGCUUUUAACCUGUUUCAAAUAAAGCUGUUUGCUUGAAAUAAAUGUGAUACUUGUGCCUGUCACCUUGUUGAAUAGUGUUCUUUGUCUCCUCCUAGUGUCUAUUGCUGGAACAGUAAUUCUGUGUUGAGUGGCCCACUUGAGCUUAGAGCUCAUGACAUCAUUAUCUUACUACACUAUCAUACCGGCGUUGUACAUUACUUGAAUAUACACAUAUAAUAUAAACAGAUGUAAAUCAUUUAACCUAUUAUAACUGGCUGGUAGCCGGGAAAGGGGUGUGUCCAAAAUAUGCCCAAUACAGUAUAUAAACACUGUCAUUCUUCUAAAAAGACUGUGCUUGAUUCAGCACCACUUACACACCUGCACCUGUGACUACAGUAGCAAGUGAUCAGCUCUAAUGCACCUGUGACUACAGUAGCAAGUGAUUAGCUCUAACUUGAAUGUGUUUUUGUUUUGUUUUUGCCAAUGGAUAUCUCAUCUCAUCAACAUCUUGAUCCAAAGAUGUUCUGUUACCCAGAAUCAAAUGCCUCCUGCACCAGAGAAAUCUUCAGUGAAGGAGCUCAAAUUGCUUUAUACUUUUUGUUUGUUUCAAGUAUGCUGGUCACUAUUCUAGGGAAUGGUGUGGUCAUAAUCUCCAUUGCUCACAUAAAACUGCUCCACACGCCAACUAACAUGCUUAUAAUGUCUUUGGCACUUGCAGACCUGCUGCUUGGAGUGACUGUGAUGCCUUUUAGUACAGUGAGGGCUGCGGAGGGCUGCUGGUACUUUGGAGAUGCUUUUUGUUUGCUGCAUUCUAGUUUUGAUAUGUUCCUCACAUCUGUUUCAAUCUUUCACCUGGUAUUCAUAGCCAUAGAUCGAUAUGAGGCUGUGUGCAAUCCACUUCGCUAUUCCACCAAGAUUACUAUACCAAUUGCAUGGCUCAUGAUUUUUGCCAGUUGGGCUGUUGCUGCAUUGUACUCCUAUGGCCUACUAUAUUCAAAAGCAAAUGUGAGAGGACUGAAUGAAUUCAUUGCAUCCAUGUACUGCCUGGGAAGUUGUAAUCUUUUCUUUAAUGCACUGUGGGGCGCCCUAGACACAUUGAUAGCCUUUUUCUUUCCAUGCUCUGUAAUGGUGGGUUUGUAUACCAAAAUAUUUUUGGUGGCAAAAGAACAUCUCCGAAAGAUUGAAGAGAGCCAAAAUAAUUCCAAUGAGGGAGGUAGAGGUGUGGUGUCUCAACGGUCAGAGCGAAAAGCAGCUAAAACUUUAGGCAUUGUGGUGGGUGUUUUCAUCUUUUGCUGGCUGCCUUUCUUUGUUAAUUCUAUAGUUGAUCCAUACACAAACUUUAGCACACCACCUAUUCUCUUUGAAGUGUUUAUCUGGCUGGGUUACUUUAAUUCUACUGCAAAUCCAAUCAUAUAUGCACUGUUUUAUCCUUGGUUUAGAAAAUGUCUUAAUCUCAUUGUCACAUUGAAAAUAUUCAAUACAAAUUCCUCAUAUAUAAAUGUAUUUGCUACUAUAUGAUAUAUUGUCAAGCUACAUUAAUAUAAUUUAAAACUGUGUGUGAACAGUAUGUACCUCACAAUUACAUGGCCACAUUGAAUAAUGUGUUCAAGGAGGCAAAUGAAGAGAAGCAUUUGACAAAACCUCUUCUGCACAUUCUACUGCUGUCAAUACUUGCCAGGUCUUUUUGGUGUAACUGUGUUUAACUUAUAAAUCCUUUCUAACUCUUUUAUUUACCUUUUAUUGUAUUUUGAAUUGUAUUUUUAUUGUACCUUUGAAUACAUUUUCAUAAAGUACAUAAAAUGUAUCAUUGGAUUUUCUUUUAACUCAAUCAUCUUUGAUCUAAUGGCUGGGGUUGAGCUAAACAGUUCUUUGGUCUAAUGGCAGGUGUUGAACUAAAGAGUUAUUUGGUUUAAUAUUGAACUAAACUGUUUACAUUUACAUCAUUUAUUUAUCUUAUCCAGAGUGACUUACAGAAGCAAUAAGGGUUAAGUGCCUUGCUCAAGGGCACAUCAACAGAUGUUUCCUCUAUUCAGCUCAGGGAUUCAAACCAGUGACCUUUAAGGAACUAGCCCAACGCUCCUAAUCGCUAGGCUACCUCCCCAGUUCAACAACAUCCAUUUUGUCUAAUGGCUGAUGUUGAACUAAACAGCAGGUACCCGGGUUUGAGUCCGAUUUGAAAUUUGAUCUUGCUGUAAAGCAGAGCAUAGAGUGGAUCAAGUGACUGAAAGCAUGACAUGCAGAUCAGGAAGCAGAGUGCAAUAUUUGGGGCAUUGGAAGUGUUCCUAUAAAUAUGUUGCCUGUGAGGUUAUUUUGUUUCACAAGUAUUGAGUACUGUGUCUUCAGUGAUCUCAUUCUACAUCCCAGGAGUAGGGAUGCUUAGCAUCUACCUAAAGAUUUUCCUUAUAGCACAGAGAAAGGCACGCUCAAAUCAGGGUACAACCAAUCAGAACUCUGUAGGCAAAUCACAGAGAAAAGCCAUCAAAACAUUUGGUAUCAUUAUGGGGGUAUUUCUAUCAUUCUGGACACCAUUUUAUCUCCAACUGUAUUGA